AUGAAGGCCAACCACAGCACAGAGGAGGGCUUCCUCCUGCUGGGUUUCUGCGACUGGCCCUCCCUGCAGCCCCUGCUCUUCGCCCUUGUCCUCUGCUGCUACCUCCUGACUUUGACCGGCAAUUCAGCGAUAGUGCUGCUGGCGGUGCGCGACCCGCGCCUGCACACGCCCAUGUACUACUUCCUCUGCCACCUGGCCCUGGUGGACGUCGGCUUCACCACGAGCGUGUUGCCACCGCUCCGCCAAGUGCUCAGGCUGCCGCGGGGCGGCUGCAUGGCCCAGUUGUACGCGUCGCUGGCGCUGGGCUCCACCGAGGGCGUCCUCUUCGCAGUGAUGGCACUGGACCGCGCGGCCGCGGUGUGCCGCCCGCUGCGCUAUGCCGGGCUCGCGUCCCCGCGCCUCUGCCACGCUCUGGCCAGCGCCUCUUGGCUGGGCGGUCUUGCCAAUUCUGCUGCGCAAACCGCGCUGCUGGAGGCGCGGCCCCUGUGCGCGUCCCAUCAGCUGGACCACUUUUUCUGUGAGCUUCCUGCGCUGCUCAAGCUGGUCUGCGGAGAGGGCAGAGACGUCAUCGAGCGCCAGAUGUUCGUCGCCCGCGUGGUCAUCAUAUUGGUGCCCUCCGCCAUCAUCCUGUCCUCAUAUGGCGCGGUGGUCCGCGCUGUUUGGGGCAUGCGGGCCAAGGGACGCUGGAGGAAAGCGAUAGCUCACAUCCAGGCUGAUAUCAGCCCAAACAAGCAGAAGACCUGCAAGACCCUCAAGAAGGCAGGACAGAGACAGCUUCAUAUUCCCCAACCUUUCAGAAAGUCCAUUUCCACCUGA